GCGAGGGGGUUGUCGGGAUGGGGGCCGGCGCCAACAUGGAGCCCUCAAUGGGAUGAGGGUGAAGCUGCCGUUGCCGGCUGCUCCUGUGUUCACGUCCCAUCAUGUUGGUGCACUUAUUUCGGGUCGGAAUUCGGGGUGGCCCUGUCCCAGGCAGGCUGACACUACCCCUCCGCUUCCAGACAUUCGCGGCCGUCAGGUGCUCUGAUGGCCGCCACAGCUCCUACCUCCUCAGGGCUGUGGCCCAGCUGCGCUCCCAGCUCCGGGCUCACCUCCUUCGAGCGCCUCCAGCUCCCAGCCAAAGACCCUCUGCCUGGCGCUGGGUUGGGGGCAUCCUUCUGGGCCCCGUGCUGUUGAGUAAGUGCCCCCGCUUCUGCCUUGUGGCGCUGUGUGAGGCAGAAGAGGCCCCUCCUGCCUGCUCCGGACCUUGUGUCGGGGAUUCCCGCUUUAACUGGAAGCUCUUCUGGCAAUUUCUGCGCCCCCACCUGCUGGUCCUGGCGGCAGCCAUCGUGCUGGCACUGGGUGCGGCCCUGGUGAAUGUGCAGAUCCCCCUGCUCCUGGGCCAGCUGGUGGAGAUUGUGGCCAAGUACACAAGGGACCAUGUGGGCAGCUUCCUGACUGAGUCCCGGAAUCUCAGCACCUACCUGCUCAUCCUCUAUGGCAUUCAGGGCCUGCUGACCUUCGGGUACCUGGUAUUGCUGUCCCGCAUCGGCGAGCGCAUGGCCGUGGACAUGCGGAGGGCCCUCUUCAGCAACCUGCUUCGACAAGAUAUUGCUUUCUUCGAUGCUAAAAAGACAGGGCAGCUGGUGAGCCGACUGACAGCUGAUGUGCAAGAGUUUAAAUCAUCUUUCAAACUCGUCAUCUCCCAGGGACUGCGAAGCUGCACCCAGGUGGCUGGCUGCCUGGUGUCCCUGUCUAUGCUGUCCCCCCGCCUCACGCUGCUGCUGAUGGUGGCCACACCCGUUCUUAUGGGAGUUGGCACCCUAAUGGGCUCGGCUCUCCGAAAGUUGUCUCGCCAGUGUCAGGAGCAGAUUGCAAGGGCGACAGGCGUAGCAGAUGAGGCCCUGGGCAACGUUCGGACCGUGCGGGCCUUCGCCAUGGAGCAUCGGGAAGAGGAACGCUACGGAGCAGAGCUGGAGGGGUCCCGCUGUAAGGCAGAGGAGCUGGGCAGGGGCAUCGCCUUGUUCCAGGGGCUCUCCAACAUUGCCUUCAACUGCAUGGUCUUAGGCACUCUGUUUAUUGGGGGCUCCCUCGUGGCUGGACAGGAGCUGACAGGGGGAGACCUCAUGUCCUUCCUGGUGGCCUCCCAGACGGUGCAGAGGUCCAUGGCCAACCUCUCUGUCCUGUUCGGCCAGGUGGUGCGGGGGCUCAGUGCGGGUGCCCGGGUGUUUGAGUACAUGACUCUGAGCCCGUGCAUUCCGCUGGCUGGGGGCUGCUGCAUCCCCAGAGAGCACCUGCGCGGGGCCGUCACGUUCCACAACGUCUGCUUCAGUUACCCCUGCCGCCCUGGCUUCCAGGUGCUCGAAGACUUCAGCCUCACGCUGCCCCCUGGCAAGAUCGUGGCCCUCGUGGGCCAGUCCGGCGGAGGAAAGACCACGGUGGCUUCCCUGCUCGAGCGCUUCUACGACCCCACGGCCGGCGUAGUGACCCUGGAUGGGCGGGACCUGCGAACCCUCGAUCCCUCCUGGCUCCGAGGCCAGGUCAUCGGCUUCAUCAGCCAGGAGCCAGUCCUGUUCGGAACGACGAUCAUGGAGAACAUCCGUUUUGGGAAGCUGGGUGCCUCGGAUGAAGAGGUUUACGCAGCUGCCCGGGAGGCCAAUGCCCACGAGUUCAUCACCAGCUUCCCCGAGGGCUACAACACCAUAGUCGGUGAGCGGGGUGCAACCCUGUCUGGUGGCCAGAAGCAGCGCCUAGCCAUUGCCCGUGCCCUCAUCAAGCAACCCACGGUGCUGAUCCUGGACGAGGCAACCAGCGCACUAGACUCAGAGUCCGAGCGGGUCGUGCAGGAGGCCCUGGACCGCGCCAGCACUGGCCGCACAGUGUUGGUCAUCGCACACCGGCUCAGCACCGUGCGUGGGGCCCACCACAUCGUCGUCAUGGCCCACGGCCAAGUCUGUGAGGUGGGGACCCAUGAAGAGCUCCUAAAGAAGGGUGGGCUCUAUGCGGAGCUCAUCCGGAGACAGGCCCUGGAUGUCCCAGCUCCCGAGAUGCCCAGAGGCCCCAGGAACCGCCACCCCAAGUCCUGAGAGCAGCUGUUUAAGGUCUGGUUGCCGCCGAACAUCGGCACCCAGGACUGGGGCUCGGCUCAGGGGAGCUCCCAGGGACCAAACACCCAGGAAGACCAGUGCGCUGGGGUGUGGGCUGCUGCUCCCCUGCUCACAGUGCAACCUGGGACUCUCGCUGAGCUGGAGGCGGGGAGGUCGGGACCACUCCCUCCGCCCCCCCGCCCCCGUUUCCCCCUCCUGCCUACCUCCCUCCUGCCAGAGCCAUGAGUCAUUAGGCUGCACAGAGGAGGCAGAGUCCCCAGGCCCCUACUCUGUUCCCUCCCUCUGCCCAGAUCCUCCCAACCCCUCUCAGGAACCCUGCCAAGUAUCCCCCUACCUGAUAGCCUAAAGGCUUCCGGCCCCACCUCUGUACAAAUCAGGAGUUCACACUGGGGUUCCCCAUACCCGUGCCAGGACCUCACCGUCCUAGCUUGACUCCCCUCUGUCCUCCGUCCCCACUGCCUCUCUGAGCCCUGGGGGAAGGAACCCGCCCCUUGGGCCAGGCCCUCGAACCCACAGUCCCCAUCCUGAGAACAGCUUCCCCUCCUCCCUGCUCCGUGAAUAAUGGUCCUUUUUCUAGGUUUCAUCCCCCCCUCCCACUCCCGUCCAGCGGAACAAGUGCCCCACAUGCCUCCAGCCCGUGGGAAGGGGGAGAAGGGGCAGGGCAUGCCAUGGUCUGUUCCUCAAGGAGCUUCCGGCUCACCAAGCCAUCGCAGCCCUGCCCUGGCCCCGUGCACCUCGUCUCCGUCACCCUGUGAGAUUGUGGACAGCCCCCUUACACGAGGACACCCAGCCCUGAAGGAGACUAAGGAGGAACCGACACACCCCAGGCUCCAGCCACAAGGGUUGUAUGGUGCUGGCGGUCACCAAACCUCUAGGGGGAAGUUGAUACUUUGCCCCCAGGCUGACAAAACACAAAAUCAGUUGGACAGGCAGUGCCCUGUGUCAGGGGCGGCAGCCGUGCGUAGGACCAGCAGAGCCCGCUGUAGCCGGAGGCCAGCCUGGAAGAAGCAGCAGCGGCUCAGGUGUGAGUGCAGGAGGCCCCGCAGCCUCUUCUGGGUGUGGCUUAGGAGCAGAUGCUCCUCUGGGACAAAGCACCUGAAAUGUCCCCGGGCCACAGCCACCCAGGUUUGAUACCUGCUUCCUUACAGAUCAGAGGUCACUGCCGGGGCGGCCACAGCCCAGGGGGGCAGCGCGUGGGCUGGCUCUGGGUUGCUUUGCCGCUAAACGCCCACCCAGGAGGCACAGCCCAGAGCCAGCCUCCGCUCCCAGCCAGGUCCACGGCGGCCUGCCAGACCCCUCCCAGGGAGAGAGAGCAGACAAGCUCCUGUUCCCCCAGCUCCAGCCCCAGCCCCCCCAGAGACCCCUCCUGAUGCCAGACUCCGGUCUCUCCGGACCUCUUCAGGGUGGCCUCCAAAUCCCAGCUCCCCCACCCCCCAACCCAGGGAAGUAGUGAGGUCUGUGGUGGGCCUUGAGCCGGAAGGUUGUGCGGUCAGCCUCACGCUCGCCACGUGGCCUCAGCCUCAACCUUGGCCUCGGCGACUAUUCAACGUGGGUCAUAAGCCUGGCGGUACCUCAUCCUGAGAGUUUGUUAUAAGAGUUGAAAUGGGAUGAUCUGUGGUAAAGUACUUAAAACUCCCAGUGCCACAGCCUCGGGAGCUGGUCACGUGUACAAUAAACUGUUGUUCACUCCCUGCUUCCAA